AUGGCCGAACCCCGCUCUGCCAGUAGUAAGGCACUUAGCGGGGCAAAACGCAAUCGCACCAGUAUUGAGUUUGAUGUCUCUGAGUUCAUGCAGGCGAUGGACUGUACAGAGAAUCAUAUGGUGCUUGGUAUUGAUGAGGCGGGGCGAGGGCCUGUAAUUGGCCCGAUGGUAUACACUGGCGCAAUUAUUGCUCUGCAUGAGCAUGAUCGUCUCAUUGACUACUGUGGCGUUAACGACAGCAAAGUCCUUGGUGAGGCUCAACGGAAAGAUGUGCUGCAGAAGCUGCAGGAUCUCAAAACGUUCCGAACCUUUACCGUCAUUGUGACACCCGCUGAGAUCGCCGCCGCUAUGACAGGCACUCACGGCACCAAUCUUAACACGCUCAGCCACGACACGGCCAUUGCCAUCAUCUCCAGAGCGACGCUGGAGGCCGAAGGGAUGCUAUGUGCCGCGUAUAUCGACACUGUAGGACCACCCGAGUCGUACCAGAACCGCCUUUCCGGUAGAUUCCCGCACCUGCGUGUUACAGUGGCGAAGAAAGCAGAGUCAAAAUUCCCAAUAGUGGCAGCCGCCUCUGUUGCCGCAAAGGUGGAGCGCGACCGCCACGUUGCGCAGCUAGGCAUUGAUGCUGGAAGCGGGUACCCGAGCGACCCGAAGGUAAUGUCAUGGGUGCGUUCGCACGUGCACCGUUUCUUCGUGCUGCCGCGCGAACAUGACUUUGUGCGCCUUUCGUGGGGGCCUGUUGUUCAGCUGGCAAAGAAUCCCGACGUGUGUGCCCCCGUCGUUUUCGAGGAGGACACAAAGACCAAGGCAGAGAAGAAGCGUGCCACGGGCGGCGAUGGUAAAAAGCAGCGCCUCUUGAGUUUUGUCAAGCCACCGCCACGCCGGCACAUGGUCUACACGCACCUGCUGAAGUUGAAGACUCUGGCUGCCAUUCAGGACACGCAGCACCCCCCUCUUGUGUAA